UUCAAAUUUCCCCAAUUCAAAAUUCACGGAAAUUAAAUAUGAUGCAUGAUGCUUACUAAUGCAACUGAUACAAGCGUUAUUCUACGGCUAUGAUAACGGUUCACAAGUAUGAAAAACAGAGAGUUGAGGAAGGAGUUAAGGAAAGAGGAGAGUAAGAAAAUCAGUUAUGAUCCAAUAUUUAGGAAUCGCAUUUUUAGGAAAUGAACUAAAGUAAUUUCCCCACAACUGUGAAAUCCUGGGUUUCCAAGAAACACAUUUUUUUUUUAUAUACACAGGUUGGUCAGAGUAGCCAAACAAAAUUUUAUUCGAUUAUAUAUACAGACUUACCGUCUAUAUUACGUCAAUUGUCUGACACCUAGAUCAACGGUGCAGAUCAAAUGUUCUGCCCGAGCGGACGCCGUAGUCUGCCAACCGUCCUAGCGCACCGCGUCCCCAGAUCCCCGUGGCUUUCGGAUCGAUUCCAUCCUAAGCGCUGCACCUAUGGUGCCCAUCCACCCAGCCUAUCGCCUCAACGCGAGCCCAGCGCCGCCGCACUCUCGGUCCCUCUCUCCGCCUCGCGGCCGCCGUCCUCGACGUAUCGAUCGUCCGUGUAUUUUUUGGUAGCAGAGGAAAAAGAGGAGUUCCGCACAGGGCCUCUCCCAUAGCUUUGCUGCUCGCGUCAUGGCACGACACCCAGUCGCUUCAAGCCUUCAACCAAUGGGGCGGCUGCGCGCGUGCCGCCACCAUCGAGGUCCACUUCGGCGAGCCUGCCGCGCCUCCCCGCCCGCGUGUCUACUUUUUCCUCGGUCAUGGCGGUCGCUGCAACCGCUCCCGAUGACGCCCGCGAUUCUAGCCUCGGAAGCUCAGUCUUCUGGGCCUGGAUCCGGGCGGCGGUAGAGGCGGCCCCGGCUCCCGCGCCUCCGCAGGACGAGGAAGAAGGCCUCCACAGGAGGAGGAUCCCCGUCGGGGCCUACUUCCUCUUCAUCAGAACAACAGAUUUUGCUAUCACAGUGUGGUUGUCUUCCAAUAUGGUUCUUCUGGGCUGUUCAAUAUUGGUGAUCAUGAAUCUGAGUAGUACCUUUAUAUGAUCAGGAACAUGCUUCGGGAUGGCUUCCGGAGAUGAGGAAAUAUGAUUAUGCGGUAGUUGAUAAGCCAUCCCUGACAACAUGGAUGAAAGGAGGUCUUGAUUAUAUAGUUCUUAAAAGUUUAGAUAUCGAUGGAAUUUGGAUCAUUUCAAGUGUUCCUGGUCAAAGCAUCGUUCUUGCUCAUUACAUACAGCAGGUCGAUGAUAUGGUUGAGGAAUUUACUGAAAUCAAUCAUAUCAUGGAGAAGACUGGGGACUUCAUAAGGAAAAGAAAGAAGCUCUUUCAACUUAUGGACUUGGCUAAUUCUAAUCUUGCAGAUGUCAUCAUUAGACUUCACCUUUUUGACAGGGAUAUGCAACUGUGGAGAGAAAGAAUGCAGUGAUAGCUGGAGAGUGGAGACAGUGGAAGAAGGUGGGAGCCACAUGUUCAUUGCAACGCUUUGCUACUUACCAUUUGCAUGUGGAGGACGCUCUGCAGUGUCGGGGCCCUGGUUCUAAAGCAAGUCGUGAGGCGUCUACUACCAAAACAAUCUGGUUCUUAUCGAGUAUUGCCUACUGAGACACCAUGUUGCUAGAUAAGUAUAAACACCA